AAAAAUAAAUAAAUAAAAGAAAAAACCUAAACCCUUUCACCUUCCUCUCGCUCUUACGUGCUCCACCUCCACCUCCUCCUCCUCCUCGUUCCUCUCUUCACGCCGGCUCCUCCUCCCUUUCCGGAGUAUAGUGCUGCCGCCGCCGUCUUGUUCCGCUGUGUUCCUCCACCUUCUGCCGCUUCUUACGGAAAUUAAGACGUAGAGAUCAUUAUUUGUUUGUACUUGCACAUCGAUUUCUUUCUCUCUUAUUGAUUGCAAUGUCGUCCCUAAGGAAUGCGGUUCCUAGACGGCCUUACAAGGAGCGAGCUCAGCCGCAAUCUCGGAAAAAAUUUGGGCUUCUUGAGAAACACAAAGAUUAUAUCGAGCGUGCUAAGGCUUUUCAUAAGAAGGAAGAUACUUUACGGAAACUUAAAGAGAAAGCAGCCUUCAAGAAUCCAGAUGAAUUUUACUUUAAGAUGAUUAGGACGAGAACAGUUGAUGGAGUCCAUAAACAAGAGAGUCAUGUUAAUAAGUAUACUGCAGAAAAACUAAUGCUGAUGAAGACCCAAGAUGCAGGGUAUAUACUUCAGAAAAUGCAGAGUGAGAAAAGGAAAAUUGAAAAACUGACAGCAACGUUGCAUUCUCUUGAUAAUCAGCCAUCAAAUAAGCAUUUUUACUUUGCCGAAGACAGGGAGGAAGCCAAUGAAAUUUUAUCUCGUUCUUCUAAACGAUUGGUGGCAUCUUCUGAGGCAGUUCCUGAUAGUAUUAAAAGGAAAACCAUUGCUUCUUACAAAGAAUUGGAGGCAAGGAGGAGUAGAGUCAGUGAAUUAGAGAAACUUUAUAUGGAUAUGACACUGCAACAAGAAUUAAGGAAAAAGGGUCGCAAACGUAAACUCCGAGAAGAUGAACUUGCCAAUCCGACUUCAAAACCUGUAUAUAAAUGGCGGGCAGAACGAAAGCGCUAAAAGUCCCUUGCCCAAGCAUAUUUUGCAAGAAGAUGUCCUUGCAAUUCCAAGGAAACUGGAUGAAGCAUUGUUUACCAUAGAGAAAUCAUCCCUUGAAAAGUAGGCUGAAAUCACACAGGGACCUCAUUCUGGUUCCUAGUUUCGAUUUGCAAAUUUUGUUUUCACAGCUAAGUUUAACCAUGCUGUGUUUCUUCUGAGAUGAAGAAUGUAAUCAAUUUGUUGUUACUGUUAUUUACUGAGGAAUGUAAUCAAUUUGUUGUUACUGUUAUUUACUGAGGAAUAGUCUUUUUUGUUUUGUUUUUUUUUUCUAUGUGAGGUGAGAAAAUCAAACUUCUAACUU